CUCCUCCUCCUCUGAACGACAUGCUUCUUCAAAUCCUCUGCAAAUAAGGAAGCCAGGAUAAAUUAAACACGACACAAAAACACGUUAAUUCAACAUUACAAAGCGUACGCAGGAGUGAAUUCACUGCUCUCAACAGUGUGGCUUUAGAGGCACUGCACAACUUCUUGCUAACGUGUUAGCUUAAUUCGGUCAUUCAAACUACGACAUUCAUGCACAUUUUCAAACAAAAAACAAGACGACGUGUAUUUACUUCAAAACAGAAACACUAAGAAAGUCGGAAACCUCAUUUAGACUAAAAUUAAACCAAAUUACACACAAAUUUAAUCGACUGCCUGCCCUGCUCGCUGCCGCGGACUUCCAUGCGAUGUCAACACGUGUGACCGCACAUUGCCGUAAAGGUAGGCAGUAGUGUUGGGAAAUGUCGUAAACUGCCCAUCAGCCAUAUUUAAAGGAACAGACACUGGCUGUUGGCGCUAGACUUGUUGAGACAAGUAACACGGUUGUUUAUUUUGGAAACGUCACUCAAAAAUGACAACAGCACGUCAGGUGAUCAAAUGUGAAGCUGCUGUUGCUUGGGAGCCUGGAAGAGCUCUGGUUAUUGAGGAGGUGGAAGUGGCCCCACCCAAGGCCCAUGAAGUCAGGAUCAAGACAGUUGCCACAGGCGUGUGCCACACCGACUGGGAAUACCUGUAUGAGACUCACAAAGGGAUGAAAUCCAGACCGUUCCCUUUAGUUCUCGGUCAUGAAGCAGCAGGCAUAGUGGAGAGUGUCGGUCCAGAUGUCACCACAUUCUCACCGGGGGAUAAAGUUAUUCCUCUUUUUCUACCAUAUUGUGGUGAAUGUGAGCGAUGUCAAAGUCCCAAAACGAAUCACUGCAGGAAGAACUGGGAAAAUGCACAAGUGGGUGUAUUGGCUGAUGGCACAAGCAGGAUAUCUUGUAAGGGGCAGCAGGUUUACCAGUUCCUUGGCGUCAGUUCCUUCUCCCAGUACACCGUGGUUCCCGACACCUCACUUGCAAAGAUAAGAGCCGAUGCACCACUGGACAAAGUAUGUCUGCUAGGCUGUGGUGUCUCCACUGGUUACGGUGCCGCUGUUAAGGCAGCCAAGGUUGAGAAAGAUUCCUCGUGUGUCGUGUUUGGGCUUGGAGCAGUUGGACUGGCUGCCAUCAUGGGCUGCAAGGUUGCCAUGGCAAAAACCAUCAUUGGGAUUGACAUCAACCCUGAGAAGUUUGAGAAAGCCAAACUGUUUGGAGCCACUGACUGUAUCAACCCCAGAGAUUUUAGCAAGCCUAUCCAAGAGGUUGUGGUGGAGAAGACCAACGGAGGGGUGGACUAUGCUCUGGAGUGUGUUGGAAGUCCAGUUAUCAUGAGUGCUGCACUUGAGUCCACAACAGAUGCCUGGGGCAUGUGUGUCAUUGCUGGGUGGACAGAGACAGAAUCAAUAUCUGUCCUGGUUGAAAAGCUGCUGAUGGGCCGCACUUUGAAGGGGACUUAUUUUGGAGGCUGGAAGAGUGUACUGGAUGUGCCGAAACUGGUGGAUGACUACAUGGACAACAAGCUGAAGCUGGAUGAGUUUAUCACUCACACACGGCAACUGAAUCAAAUCAAUGAGGCCUUCGAUCUCCUAAAAAAUGGUAAAAGCAUCCGUACUGUCAUCUAUCUGCGUGGCCCUCAAGAGACAGAUGGACCUUCAUAUGCUACCUAACGAGAUGAAGGAAUCAUAAUAAUAUUUUGUAGACAACACACAACUUUUUGUGGGAUUUUCUUAAAAGAUUAUCUGAGAUUAUUGUAAAAUAUCUUAAAUUUCCCUCAGGAUUACUAAAGUAUCGAUCUAUCUAUCUAUCUAUCUAUCUAUCUAUCCAUCCAUCUAUCUAUCUAUCUAUCUAUCUAUCUAUCUAGAUAUUGAUGAGUACAAUACAGUAUAUAAAAGUAUUCGCUCACCUGCCUUGACUCGCAUAUGAACGUAAGUGACAUCCCAUUCCUAAUCCGUAGGGUUCAAUAUGACCUCGGUCCACCCUUUGCAGCUAUAACAGCUUCAACUCUUCUGGGAAGGCUGUCCACAAGGUUUAGGAGUGUGUUUAUGGGAAUUUUUGACCAUUCUUUCAGAAGCACAUUUGUGAGGUCACACACUGAUGUUGGACCAGAAGGUCUGGCUCUCAGUCUCUGCUCUAAUUCAUCCCAAAGGUGUUCUAUCAGGUUGAGGUCAGGACUCUGUGCAGGCCAGUCAAGUUCAUCCACACCAGACUCUGUCAUCCAUGGACCUUGCUUUGUGCACUGGCGUCGCACAGAUUCUUUCACAAAUGUUUGUAAAAGCAGUCUGCAUGCCUAGGUGCUUGAUUUUAUACACCUGUGGCCACGGAAGUGAUUGGAACACCUGAUUCUGAUUAUUUGGAUGGGUGAGCAAAUACUUUUGGCAAUAUAGUGUAUUUUCUCUGCUUUACUUGGUAGCAAAUCGCCACAUUUACCACUAGAUGGCAGCCUUACAUCAUGUAAAAGCUUUAAUAUAUGCGUCCAAGAAUAGCAUCUAACCCUAUAAAAAACAUUGCCUUUCAAACUGCAAAGUCUUCAGUAUUUUUAUUCCCAUUAAAUUUUGAGGUUGUUGGGUUUUUUAAAAUCACAAUAUUUAUCUUAAGAAAGAGAAAAAAAAACACUGAAUGUUCACUCCUCCUAUGUAAAAUGAUACAGAAUGUAAAUCCUAAAUAUACAGCAUCUGCAGUAACAUCAGGACAAAUUCUCUCUACAUCUGCCACAUUUGGCAGCUACACUGAUCGUGAUUCUGCUCCAGAUAUCAAUGUGCAGCGAUAGAUGGAAAUAAAUAUCCUUGUGUAGAAGACGAACUAAAAGACACAAGAAGCAAAUGGCUGAAUCUGUCAUCAGCCGUGGAGAAGUAUCUGCUUCAUGUGGUCAGGCUUACCAGAUUUCAUCCUCGGUAAUGUUAUAUAUAUUGAUUUAAAAGGGAGUCACCAAGAAGGGCUUGGAUAACAGUUGUGGGCUGUCAGGAGAGAAGACAAAAGGUUGUUUGGGGAAUGCCUCUCUGUGAAGAACUGAAAUAGCUGUUGAAAGAAUUUGCUUUAUUGGAGUUCCAUUCAGAUCAAAUGAAUACCCUUGGCAGUUACCCCACUUUCCAUCUUUAUUUAAAAUGGAAAAUAAAUUGGUGCUCUUCCUCUUA